AUGACCAACAAAUCUUCCUCCUCCUCCUCUCGCGAUCGUAUGUGUGUGGUAUGUUCCCGAACUCAUCCACCUACCAUCUUCAGUUGUCGAUACAAAGUGCAUCCCAAGAAUGUGGAUGUCUUGUGCAGCUUCUUUGAGAGAGAAUUGGCACAAGGAGAGUUGUGUGAUCGAUGCUACAGACUUUGGUACAAACAUCGAAAACAACAAGAAGGAGGAAGUGAAAAGGCAAAUGGCUCCUCUUCCAAGAGAAGAAGAAAAGCAUCAAAUUCAGCCUCCUCCUCAAAGAAGAGAAAGAAAUCAACCCGAAAUGCAACUAAAAAGAAUGUGAAUGCAGUGGCAAUUGCUGCUGCUGAGGAUGAAGAUAGUCUCGAAGAGGAAGAAGAUGAAGAUAGUCUCGAAGAACAGGUCAAAGACGAAGAUGGUAUUAAUGACGAGUACGAUGAGGAUGAAACCUCUCCAGCAUCAAGCACUGCUGCUGCAGGAAAGACUUCCAAACAGCAACAUGCAAGCGAUGACGAUGACGAGGAUGACUAUGGCGAUUCGAAUGCAUCAUCUUCCAACGAAGACACCCAAGUGAAACCUGAAAGAGAUUCUGGCUCCUCGUCUCCCAUGAGAUUGCCACUCAAGAAACGAGCAAAAGGUGGUAACGGUGAGAGUUCCCAUUCCUCUUCUUCCACAACUCUAUCUUUGCCACACUUGGAAUUGAGCGGAACCAGUAAAGUAAGCUCAGCAGCUAUCGAAGAGAAUUUAUAUGGCUAUGCCUCCUCUGCGAGUAGCAGUGGUGGCAGCUCAUCAAAUGCCAUGUCUCUACAGAGACGUCACAACAUGAAACGAGGAACAAGUAAGGAAUUGGAAGAAACCUCUCGUGGCACUGUAGCGAGUAAUGGUGACGAUGAAGAAGAAAAAGAUGCAGCUCACGACGGCUUCAAAUCUACUUCAUCGUUGAAAAAGAGAAACAAAACGUCUUCAGUGGCAAAAACUGAUCUCAACGACGACAUGGAAGAUGAUGACGAUACUGCAGCUGGCAACCAACAUUCAAACCUCACCUCCUACCCUUAUGUUCUCCAUUCUAUAAUCUCUUCAAAUCAUAAUGGUGCCACAACGAACGAUCAUUCGUCUCUGACAAAUCCUUUCUCAGAAACUCAUGCUACGAAUCAUCAUACUCGCUCACAAAAAUCAGGAGUCAAUCCUUCGAACAGUCUCGUUCAACGACUGGAAGCUCUUUCAGCACUCUCUAGAGAUGUCAGAAAAUCGAAACGAAAAAGACUUUUACCCAUGAAAAGUCCUGCUCGAUCGAAACCUGAGGAUGUCGUGAAUUUAUUUAAGGGAAAUGAUCCACUCUAUCUGCAACAUGCAUUUUCGAAAUCUUCAUUCAAUUCUGCAGCUGCUUUUACGACCUGUAGUGGUUCCACCUCCUUGUAA